CUAUGCGCCGUGACGCACUGCUACGGUGGGUCCCGGUAGGCAGGAUCCUCUCCGAUAGGUGUGAGUCCCCCGCUCAACACCAUGUUCAUCUCCAUCUCAGGUAGUGUAUCUGUCGUUGGUGAGAAGCUCGACUGCAGCGCGCCAUCAUAUUACCAACACAGAAUGCCUUGGUUUCUGACCAUCUAUAUUAUUCUGUCGGUCCGACUUCCCGGUUGUACAGCGGCUCCAUAGCCUUAGAUCCCUCCCAAACUUGACGGCAUUGAGCAUUCGCUGCAUGGCUGGGAUCGGCACGGAAGGAUGUGAUGCACGGAACCUGGUAGUACAAGUACGUGCAGGGAAGACCCUGAAAUCUCACCCCUCAAAGGAAGAAGUGGAGGGGUGACAGAACUUUUGGUUGGCGCACUGGGUAUUCGUAUUAUGUACGUGCGUACACGUAUGCUCACCUACAUCUUCGGGGUUGCAUUGCACGGAACAUUGGCCUCGAGCGGCCUAUACGUGCAGUGUCCUCUGUCAUCGUGCCCCAUAUAUGACAUAGACGCUGAGACAAAUGGGAUCAACUUCGUUUGGGGGGUUGGUGGCCACCGGGUGCUCGGCCAUGAUUCGGGGUUCAUGAACUCGGAUGGCGAGUGAUACGGGAAAAUGUCCAUGGGCUCUAUCAGCCUCUAUGUAGAUUACCCACGUGGGGCACUGGGAACAACCUGAGCCCGCUGUCUAUACAAGUACCUUGCUGCCGAGCCACAAAGACCACGCAGCGGCUAUUGAAUCCU